AUCCUGCCAUUGAUCACAUCGACCACUGCUUCGUCAGCACUUUCGGUGCCGACGUUACCCAAGACAACCACUGUUCAGAAAUUGAUAGCUCCCGCCUCUGUCGCUAUCAAUAAGGCUAUUAGUAAUCAAUCAUUUACUUCAGCCAACACCGGGGUCACACUAAUCCCCACCUCUAUUCCCAAGUUUGUCACCUCAAGUGAAUCACUGCCAGAAACUACUGGUGCCUCAAAUGUGGCCAACAAUUCAAGUGUUGAAAUUAAAGUCGAGAAUAAGAGGUAGUGGUUAAGACUGAAGACAACUUGCAAUCACCACUUCCACCCCCACUGAUGGCUCAAAACCUGACAUUUGCAACGAA